AUGGUGGCUACAGGGGACGAACAUGGCGUUCCCCAGGGCCAUGGCUCCAGGGAAUAUAGUGGGCUUCAUUAUGGGGGGGCGCUAAACGCCCGCCGUGAGGACCCUUCUGGGCACAGGCCACGCCAGCACCCCCGAGCUUUUCCUUCUGUCCGGCCAGUCCAUCCCCCCAUGACCAUCUACAAUCCUAUGCAACACCGCGGGCAGCUGUAUCCGGGGUCAGGGCUUCACAAUCUGCAUUGGCAGAGCCAGCCUACCCCACUUCAAGCGCCGCCACCCCCUCCACCUACCCCGGGUAACGUCCUGCAAAUGGCGCACGUGCAGCGACAGCCACAACAUAUGCAGCAACAACGUCGAGGUCUCUCUGAAUACCAGGGAGGCAUAGCGACAAAGCAGCCGGAUGAGACGUCGAAGGUUGACCCAUACAGCCGUGGCUUUUCUGGAAGACGAUUGCUCUCGAAUUCGAGGGUGGCACCUUUAUCAGCUGCCGGCAUAUCGAAUCCACGCAACCACGAAAACUUACAAAGGAGGCCUCAGGAAGAGAUCGUUCUUAGCAGCAGCAGCGAUUCAGAAAGGGAGACAGCUCCACUUCAGGAGCACCAUGAGCGGAAAACCGAGAGUGCGCAACAGCGACGCGAACUGCCAAGGCUGCGGCCGCAGCAACAGCACUAUGUACAGCAGCAGCAAGUGCAAAUGCCAUAUCAGGAUCGAGCGCGAUCCCAGGAGCAACAGCCACACCAGCAACGGUCGCAAGGACACCAAGAACGUUUGCAACAAUUUCAACACCCGGACAAGCUAUCGCAGCAGCGGGAACAGCAGGAACAGCAGCGCAACCAGAGCUUGGAGGAGCAACGGCUACGGAAGGCCAACGGCGGGAGGUCUCAGGGUUCGCCAGAACCCGCCAUGAACGCAUCUGGCCCUAGUACUGACAGUCAAACUGCGGACAUCCACAAGAGGAGUACGAGCAGAAGCAGCGGCAGCAGCAACAGCAGCAGCAGCAGCAGUAGUAGUAGUAGUAGCUGCGCGGGCAAUAAAAGCGUCGAAAACAGAAAUUCUAGUUGGUUCAAUAUGAAUAUUGAUCGUUUGCUCCCCGAAUUUCAGCAUUUGAUUCGCUGGAAGGACGGACGCCUACAGAAGGCACUGAGAUUUGCUGCUGAAGAAGAUGGCGUGCGGCCUUGCGAAACGGACCCGGAUACAUUCAUUGUGGACUCUGACACGAGCAAUUGCCGGAUAGUGGACGCAGCAGUUUGUGAGUGUAGCUGCCCUAGCCGCGAUCCGUUGUGUUCGCACUUGUUGGCUGUUGCUGUGUGGCAGCUACGGCAAGACCAGCAGCAAGAGCUACCAGAGAAACAGCAACACCAGCGACAGCCCUAUCAAGUGCAGAACCGAGAUUUUAGUCUUCGCCUCGCCAUAAGUGCUUUUAUUAAGCAGCAGCUGCUCUCACUCGCGACUGAGGCGUUCGUGCCUCUCAAGCCAUUCACCUGCGAGUCAUUACUGCGCGACCUGUGGAGGCGUUUGCUCCGGAGGUUCCCCGCUUCAGUUGCUGCUCGUGCUGCAGCAGCGCUGGCAAUCGGCCUGCUUAUGCGCUUUGCGCAGAAUGCAAAGGGAGCACUGCCUCAGAUACCAUCAACUGUAACCAACAGGCCUGUAGAGGAACAUGAGGAAGAUGACCUGAGAAGUGAUGAGCAGAAGCAAGCGCAGCAACAAGGAGAGCAGCCAAAUCCAGAGCAGGAGGACCAGCAGAGACAGCAACAAGAAGCACCGCAGCAGAAAGCACACGAGCAGACGGGCCAUCCUGACCUAAGUAGCCUUGCAGAGGAAAAUAGUUCUCAAGUGAAGACCUAUGCAUUACCCCCUGAGGAGGCAAUGGCUUGUCUUAUGCAGCAGCUCCGGCUUCAACUGCAGCACCCACCUGUAGCAAAUGGACCUGAAGAUGAUCCUCUUAAACGUUUGUUUGAGCUAGAAGCGGCUGUAUUUCCGGCCAGUGAACCUUCCGUUGUGCAUACUCUUCUGCAGUUACUGCAUAGAAGUGAUGCGCGUGCUGCUGCUGUUGCUGUCGAAGAAGGGUUACGGCUACGAAGUCAGCAAGCAUACAAAGAAAACACUGAAACUGAUUUUCUCGAAGAAGCAGCAUCACCUGAGGUUUACGUGCACUUCGCGUUGUUGGUGCUGGAAACUGCGACGGCAGCAACGGCAACGGCAGGGGCCGGAUCUUCAGUACAGAUGCGGUCGGUUCUCGAGGCGUGUAUAUAUGUCAUUCGGCUGCAUUUCUCUCCGGCUGUUGCUUCUUCAGUACUGCGUUGCAAAGCUCUGUCUGAUGCUGCAGCGCUCACAGUGUUUAUAUCAACUUUGCGAGCUGCAUUGGCCAGCGUUCUAGAGAAUCCCACCCCACGUAUGGAAGGGUCCAUCUCUGCCACUUCAUCACUGCCCAGCAUGUGGGAUGACAGACCGCUCUCUCCUGUUUCGCAUGACAUAGCUCUUGCUGAGCUACAGCGACAAUCCAACAGUUGCAUUCGCUUGGCAGCGGCUCUUUGUAGCCCUUGGCAGUUAGCGGCAGCCCUUGCAAAAAGCCUUGCCAUCUGCCGCAAGACUCAGCAGCAGGUGGAACCACAGCUGCAGGAGGCAGCUAAUCUAAAGAGUUGUGUAGAAUUGCUGGUGUCGGAUGCAAACUCUUCCAGACGGCUCGUUGAGCAGCAACAACCGGGAAAUGGCAUUGUCCCCUCCUGGCAGUCUGUCGCUGAACAGAUUGAUGCGGCUCCCGAGCUUGUGGACUUGUUGGCAUAUCUCAAUUGGGGUGAGGCCUUGGAGCCCCACUUUGGAGGGCUUGAAGCCUUUAUUUGCCGCCAUGGAAACAUGCCGUUUGCUUUCAGCGGGGAAAAAUGCAGCAGCAAAAGUCAUGGCUCCACUGCGUGCAAGAGUAGGUUGCUUGACAGAAAUUUUUUUGUUGGCAUUGAGGGCGGAGGAAUCUUAAGACUGAACAAGCCAACUCAGAACACUUUGGAGACGCUGUUGGACGCCGUUAAUAGCAAAAAUGCAGCGGUCGCUGUGGCGGCCCUGGCAGCUCUCUUGUGGGAGCCGCAGCAACAGCGGCACCGUAGUGGGGAGUGCGCCUUCGAUACGUGCCCAGCUGCUAUACAGCUGCAGAUUCGCAACUACCUGCAAGAACGACAUCAGCAAAAUGCCAGUCAAAAGCCUCAGCUCCAUGAGAGACGGGAACAGGCUUGGGGGGAGUUUUUUUGUAGAGUUUUUGCUGAGUCGCCCAGGGCCCUUUUAGAUGCAAGCAUCGUUGUGCUGCUGGCACCAGUCUCUGAGGUCUACGGAACUGGCGUCAUUCAUGCUGCUUUCACUUGUUUUUCUUCAUUCCUUUGGCAGCGGCUUCAGUUGCAGUCACAGGUGUGUGAAGAUUUUCCACCAGUCGAUGCCUUGGAGGCAAAGUCCAGUCUGCUGGGGCUGCUGCAGACGCAUGCAGCCUUCGUUCCGCUAUGUAGCAUCCUUCGAACGGCGCUACAUCGUUGCGCACAAUUGCUGUUACCCCCAAGUGAGGCAGCGGCCGCAGUUAAGGUACUACGCCAGCAACACGACCACGUAGAAAAUCGACAGCAUGGAUACAUAUCGCAGAGUCAGUUGCAAGAGGUGCAGCAACAGAAGGAACAGCGGCACAUUAGCGCAUGUGAUAGCGCUGCUGUUGGGGAGCAACCUGACAUUCCAAAAGAGCUAGCACCUUGUACACCGGAACCAGAAACGGCAGAAGCUCUUACUUGUGGCACAGUAUUCGAAGACGGCGACGCACUGCUGUUGCCUCGCCAACGUAGGCCAACUUCAUCCAGCUAUCGUGACAAUGAAAGCGGAGUUAUCAGUGGCACGCCAUUUGAGAAGGUUGCUGUUGUUGCACAGCGGGCUGUCCUAAGUCAGGAGACAGUAGGCACUGCAGCGGAUCUGUGGGGCGAUGAGACGCCUGAGGCUUUCGUAAGGCGGCUGCGGAUUGAGGAGUUCGGUGUGGGACUUGCCGGUGGUAACGACGCUGCUCCUGAUGGUGCGCAUGAAGAAAGUGUUGUUGACGCUGUCAUGAGGAAGCAACGGGAGAGAUUGACUCGUGCUCUGAACCGUCUUGCAGGCGAUCUAUACUCGUCGGAGUGUCACCUACAAUUGGAACUGCUACAGAACGCCGAUGACAAUACGUAUAUUCUGCCGCUCCAGGUGCCUCCUCGUGUGCUGCUGCUGGAGCCAAGGCGACAACAGCAACUGCUACUCAGGAUGCCGGCUCUGAGCAUACCUUCUCUGCACUUUGAACUGCUGCCUGAAGGCAUGGGCGUCUUCAAUAACGAAAGAGGCUUCCGGCCGGUGGACGUUCGUGCUUUAUGCGAUGUGGCGCGCAGCACCAAAGCACCGCAGCAGCAGCAACGGAACCAGCACACUGAAAAGAAAGAAAUCCGUCGUAUAGGAAGAUUUGGAGUGGGAUUCAAGUCUGUUUUCAGCCUUGCAGAUGAACCCCACAUCUUUUCCUGCACAGGAGUCGCCAUCAAGUUCUCCGCCACAGACACAAGCGGUCUGGGAUUUGUGCUUCCUCACCCACUAGAGUCACGAGAGCCUUGCAAAUACUUACCGGCUGAAGCGCUGCAGGGUGCACUCCUUGCAGCGCAGGACCCGGCAUUUCUCGCAAGUACGGAAAGUAGUGGUGGCGGCAGUAGUGGAGACUACUGCUGCUGCAGCAGUUUUUCGCCGCAUUCAGUUUCUGAGGAGGGAGCAAUAGGUGUUAUGAGCGUAUGGCGUACGGUGAUUUGGCUACCUGUGAGACCAGCGUUGAGAGAGGAGUGGAUAAGCGGCCACAGCUGCCUUCCUAAGCGCCUUUCCGUCGUAGAACCACACUGCCUUCUCUUUCUGCGGCGUGUCCGCCGCGUUUCCUGCCGCAGCCACUCAACUAACAGCUGCUUCUUGUUAUUAAAGCGCGCAUUUCCGUUUAUAGACUCAUCCGUCCUGCAACCACCGCAACACAAUGCGCAUUCGCCAAAGCAGCAACGCAUAUAUGCUUUACCAGAGUACGCACAACACGUUGUCUUGACGUCUUGUCGCCGUCAUUUGGAAUCAAGGCCGGCGGCAUUGUGUGAAAUGUGGAGCAACUGCAGCGGGAAGAAGUCUCCUUGGAAGAAGCACCACCAACACUGGCUGCUGGUGCAGCACUUCCCAGUUGGGAAAGCACCACUGUCGGGACCAAGUGAUGAGCCUCUUGUCGUAGCCUUGCCACUAAGCCCACAAGGAUAUGCUGCACCGACUCCGAUGGCAGCCGCACCUGCGUCUCGUACAGAUGAAGGCAAAGGUGCUAACAGUAACAGCUCGAGUAAUAGCGACGACGGCAUCGGAUGGCCUCUUCAUUGCUUCCUUCCUGUGAGGGGCUUUGGUUUGCCCUUCAUCCUGCAGGGUGCUUUCAAUCUGACGGCAUCACGGGAGGAUCUGAGGUGUGGAGACGCCUGGAACUUGUGGUUGCUGCAACAGCUACCUGCUGCAAUAUGCACUUCUCUUUUAGUGUGUCGGUAUGCACAUCCCGAACUACAGGAGUCUUUGUUGCUCUUUGUACCUCUUUUGAAUGCAACUACAGCUGUGGGUGGUUCUGCAGAAAUGGUUGGAUCGGCUGCAUCUGCUGCAGUAGCGUGUGUGAAAGAUCUGGAAUGUCUCCUUGCUAUUAAGCCUUUUGUAGAACAGCAACGAAUCACGCGAAACAUUGGCGAGGACUUCAUAUGGUGCUGCCCAACACGUGCAGUGCUUGCUUGCGAUGCUGCCGUAUACACUGAGUCGGAGCUGCCCGCAGCUGCCACGCCGUCACAAAGCAAUGCCACCAGCAGCGGCCUUCCAGCUACUUCUGAAUGGGCUGUUCCGCCGUGGCUUCUAAACAAAGCUUUAGGUUUGGCAUACGUGCACCCAAGAGUACUGAAGCAUCUUCAGCCAGCUAUGCUCCGCCAGCUGGGGGUGAGGGACUUCUCACCUUGGGAUGUGGUGGAGAUUCUCCGCUGUCUAGUCAACUUGCAACACCAAGAGCAUCAUGAGUCGAUGCAGCAGUUCGAGCCCUCAAUGACCGUACAGAAGGGGCAGGAUCACGCUCGACCUCUGCAACCGCAGUGGGUUGGCCGGUUGCUGCUACUUGUUGAAAGCAUUUGCAUGCAGCAGCAACAGACCCCGCAGCACCGCGCAGCCCUGGGGGCUUUGAAAGGAAUUCCAUUUCUUCCUACACUCUGCGGUCGCUUCGUAGCAGCAGACAGUGCGGAAGCGGCGUUGUGCCUCCCGCCUGACGCCGGUUCUGACAGCGUAGCGGGCCGCUUAGCUCAGUCUUUCAGCGCUGAUAUUCUUUCCGAGGGGCACGCUCAAGACUGCACUGAUGGCUACACAGCGAACCAACUUGUCCUCUACAUUCAUCCUAAAGUGCUGGAACCAUGGCUUAAAAUUUCUUCCGAGCAGCAGCAGGCUCAGAGUCACGGUCCCGAGGGGGAGAGGAAGGAGGACCUAUCAGAUGCGGACAUGCAACAACUGGCCGGGAGCAGGUUGCUGCAGAGGUCCCGUGUCAUACGGUGUCUGCGGUGCCUUGGCGUGGAUUUCCUGAGACCGCGGGAGGUGAUGCAACAGCGUAUUCUCCCGUUGCUUCGAACGCCACGUUUUGCAGACACGGCGACGGAGAAGCAGCUAGUGGACUGCCUUUACUUCAUCGUCGCUCACUGCCACGACCUCGCAGCUCUAAUGGAAGCAGACAGCAGCAGAUAUGUCGUUCGGCAGCAAGUGCUGCUGAUGCCAGUUUGUACACACACGGGAAAUAGGGUGUCUUUGGGUUCCGCUGAGUUGAGAUGCCUUUGGAGUGAUGGAAAGGGUAGCUCACAGGAACAACGGCAACAAGAGGCUUUACUUCUGCUGUACAAACAGCUGCUGCGAGAUACUUUGUUCCUUUCGUUGGCAUAUAGCAGUGUGGUCGCGCUGCCUACCUGGGGAGAAUUUUGUAAGCUUGUUGGACUCCAAAGACCUCUGCACGUAUGUUCGGUUGUUUACUGGUUGCAAAUCGAUGCACUGCAGGGGCAGCAGCUGCAAAAGCCGGAGCAGCACCAGCGAAUUCUCCAGCCGCCUCGCUUUAAGAUUACAUCAAUCGAUGGCGUCCCACCAGUUGAGGGAAGCUCAAGGUGCUACAACACACAGGAGAUAUUAUUGCAGCUAUCGCGUCGAUGGAGCGAGACAACAAUGGCAUCCCUGAAAGAGGAGCUGAUUCAACAUAUCGGCGAACCCUGGGACGAAUUUGGGACUGUCGUCUCUUCAGGUACUUGGGUUGUAGUAGAGGACUUCGUGUGUAUGGAUUUCGAGCGGCUCGUUACCGCUGCUGCUUCGGCGAUGGCCUGCUGUAGCAGCAACUCUCCGCUUUCAGCGUCUCACACGCUGCUACGGCUACCCCAGCAGCGCAUGGUUCCGCUUACUGAGGAGCUACAGAAGGCGGAGAGCCUUGCCAUCCGUCUUCUUGUUCUGGCUCUAACGGAAGCCCAUCUCCGCUGGCAGCAUUUUAAGCAUCUGCGGUGGAGGCUGGCUGUUCCUUGCACAACAGAGCCUGCAGUGCCAAAGCAGCAGCUGCAGAAGACCUGUCUUAGUGAAGCUGCAGGAGGAUUGGGACCAGGGGUGACUACGCUGGCGGGCCCUUCUGGGACAGCAGCAUCUUCAUUGUUGAUGCAGCUGCGUUGCAGUGCCUGGCUGCCAGCAGUUGCGUGUGAUGCGAUCCCUGUUUCAGAACUGACGACAGGAGGGCACGUUAAGGAAGAGGAGGAACACCUCUACGAGAUUGACUGUGAUGGAGACCCGGCGCUCUCCCAAGGCAAGAGUUCAACUAGCAGCGACAGCGAAAGGGAAAUAAGGGACGCGUCGGCACCCAAGGGAGCCGGCAGCGUGAUUAAGACCAGCAGUAGCAGUCGCCAAAGAAGCAAGAAGCAUUACCUUAGUUUUGCAAUGGAUUGCAAACAAAGCAGCAAUACAUGCAGCGGCGACAGCAUCAACAGUAGUGCCUCUGAAUCCUUAGUCACCGGACAUGAAGUAAACGUGAGGGAAUCUUCGCCCGAUUGUCUCAGAUGCAGAGGCAGCGCAAGCAGCAGCAGAAAGGCCCUAUGGUAUUGGCGUUUUGUAGGCCUGCGGAAACCCCGUGAGCUAGUAGCCUCAACAGACGAAUGCAUUCAGGUAUAUGGACGUCUCGUGCAAUACCUACACCCACUAGCGCAGCGUUUCUUGCAGCAAAGGCUCCACAAGGAAGGAGAGCAUUCGCUUUCGAAUAACAGCGGCUCCACUGGUCUGGAAGGCUUAGCCUACACAGGGAACUGCCUAAACACGCUGGAUAGUGGCAGCUCAUCAGGGGAUACGGAAACAAGCGCUGCAGCAGAUGGAUCUGGAAAUAUUUUCGAGGAGCAUCAGUGGCGUUCGGGUUGUUUAGCUUUUGCUGCGCAGUGGAUUGCAGAGGAUAGGGAAAUGCCAGCGAAGGCUACGUACGAGACAGGCAAUACGCAUGCAGAAGAAGCUGGAGUGCACACAGCGCCAGACGGAGCGACAGCUGCAAGGUUGUUGCGGUCUAUCUCUUCUCAUUUGAAGCAAGUGGAAACGUCAGUGGCGAACGUCGCCAUAGCAACAAUGCCUGUAGCAUCUGUUACCGACGACGACAUUAUUGAUCAGGGGUCACUGCUCUCCGUGGCAGUGUGCUUCCUAGCAGCAGCUGACGCUGCGUGCAGGGAGGGACGCUGUUGCAGCAACAUGAACAAGAGGAACUGCAGCGAGGGUGUCUUCUGUCGCUGUUGUCAGUUUCGUCAUGCUGGAGGUCACAGUGCGUGCCUGUUUUGUUGCUGCUGCUCUGCAGUCGUUGCUGACGUUUUUCACUUACUGCAGCACCUCGCUCGCCGCUGGCACAUGGGGGCCGCAUCAGCAUCACUAAGUGUAUCGCCAGUCUCUACAGCAGCACAACUACGAGGCGCCUCGAGUGUAUACCCAUUGAGUGCUGGACUGCUGCUUCCGCAGCCCGCAUCUCGGGGAGCAUUUCCGUCGCCCACUGCGGGAUAUUCUGCCACAUUGGGGUGCUGUAUUUGGUGGAAAUCACCAUCUGAUCUGUUCUUCCGCCUGCCGGUUGGGGUCCCCCGUAGGGCUUUCCAAGGUUGCUUGCCUCUGGAGGAUCUUGCUCUGCUUUUGUGUAGAGAGCAGUUUUCCGAGGUGUUUGAUCGGACUGUGCUUGCUGACACUCAUCGUGAAGAACCGUCUCUCGCUCUUGAAAAACAGCAGCUCUUUGUUCUGCAGCAGCAACUGGAAGAGCUAGAGACAUUUUUGCUGCGUGCCUUGAAUGUAGCAGAGUACCCGUCACUACAAGACUGCGUCUCAGCACUGACCGCGCUGACAAGUGGGAUAGCGCUCAUCAGUGGAGAGCGUGAAAAUGCGCCUGCAACAGGGACAGAAGCGGUAGUGAAAGCACCGCCCACUGGGACUUCGCAGUCACAUAUGUGCAGCGAUCCUACAAGACCCUGCAAACUGCGGCGUUUCGAGUCUACAGUUGAUGGCAGCUCACCAUCUUAUGCACCAUCGUCUGCCUCCCUUCGUUCGUUUGCAAAGCCGGCAGAAGCGAAAGCUGCCACUGCCAACUGCAACAUCAGUGACGUCUUGCUGCACGUCGUUGCUCUUCUGCUGCAUAUUGACGCUCACUGUGGCAGCGAGUUUCUCUCUCUACCGGCAGUAGCUAAGGGAUUGCCGGUAGUCCCAUGCCUUCAGCUGGCUCCCUUAUCAGUCACAUCCAGUUCUGCAAGGGCUGCUGCCGAUGCGGUCAGCAGCGUGCUUCGGCUGAGUUUUCUCCCCUUAGGAAGUCCUAUGUGGCUGCGACUGACGCCGAGAGACUGCAAGCUGUGGAAGCAAUUACAGGCUGGUGCAGAAGCCCUAGCAGAAGGGAAGGCAAGAGCGGACAAAUCACGUAACCAACGGUGGUGUAGAGAUGAAUACGCAUCUACUCCCGGCGCAGGCGAAGCAUUAGAGCUACACACGUAUCCCGCCGUUGUGUGGUAUUGUGAGGCUACGUGCAGUUGGUCCGAUCUAGUUGUUUCUGCAGCUUCGACAGACUGCUUUUCGAAGGAUGGAAACAAGCUCUGUCCACUUUGUCGAUUCUGCGUGGAUCGCCUGUCCCAGCGACAACUUCAGGGCAGGAGGAAUGUGCUGCGUGCGUGGCUGGACCUCUUGCAGUGCCGACUCGGUAUCCAGCCCCUCAACACCGUCUGCGUUUCGCAGCUUACAAGUGCGCCUCUUAUGCCACUGGCUUCAACUGGUGACGUGUUUGAGGUCAUAUCAUUGGGAGGUCCACAACAGGAGUGCAGAGAACGUGUGGAGGGGGUGGUUCUAAAGGGAUUGAAGCAGAGGGUGCUUGCGGUGCUUUUACCGGCUGUUAGACGUUACCUGCUUUGCCGUGAUCCCAACCGCUAUGUCUUGCUGCAGCAGCAAUGGCUGGCUGCUCGCCAGAAUCGGGACACGAGUGUGGAAAAGGUAGCCGCAAUGUUACCAGAGGAGCGGGGGAAAGUUAUGUGGCUGGAGCAACUCCGCCGGCUCGUACUAUUGCUCUGCAACAACCUCCGCAGCAGGGUUUGUUUCGUCGAGUCAGGGGCGACAGGUCCGUGGACUCCCUGUCCCGCUGCGCUGCAGUGGGAGAGCGUACUCGAAGGAGACGACGAGUUGCCCUCUGGCAGCAGCUGCACCGACAGUCGCACCGGCGUCAACGAUAAGGGCCGCGACCUUGAGAACAGGUGGGAAUCAGCGGACUCAUGUACACUUGGAAGUUCCUUUUUCUUGGCUUGGAAUGUGGCGGAAGAGGCGCUGGGUACUGCUAUACUGCGGCUGGAAAAUACAGACUGCAAGACCAACGGCUGCAGGGAAUUAUCCAAGAUAUUUGCUUCGUCACCUGUGGACGAACUGCAAGAACAGUUGCUACCAUCGUUUCCUGGAGAGGUUUUCGGAGAGCUCUCACGGCUUUUCUCUCUUAAGGGACAAAGAGACGACUGCCUUGCCUCCUUCCUUGUACUAUUUUAUUCAAAGCUUCAGCACCGACUUCUGCAGUGGCUCAUGAGGCCACCAGAGGGCGGCUUCAUGCAGUGGUUGCAAAGGCUGCUGCUAUGCAGUGGCGAAUUAUGCUGCAGACUAACUGCUGUUGUAAUGGCUGUUGUUCUAGGGACUGCAGUGGAGGAUUGCUUGAGGGCUGAAGGGCUUUGGCAUGGGCCACUUAACACUGUGGAAUCGCAGCAGCAAUGCGUUGCUGGCUUAGAAGAAAUGAAACGACUUCGCAGUAGUAGUUUAGCUGCUACAGGUGCUAUGAGUGCUGGAUCUGGAGAUGCUGUGACGCCGGGAAAUCGCGUACUUCUGCAUCUGCUCAAGGACGAAUCCACAGCAGCUGUUGAACUGUUAGGAUCUUCAGAACGUACUAUGAAAGAUUCAACGUGGCUUCUGAGGGACGCGUGGUUUGUCCUUGUGGCGACUGACGGUGCAUCAGUGGACGGUUCUGCAACGCUGUACAGCAGAGAGUCAGAGGAGGCUCCAGAAGAGGCAGAAGAGGCAGGAAACGUAGUACACUCAAAGGCACAAGUAAUCGGUGUCGUAGAUGAGACUGGCGUGGAGGGGAUUUCACUUGCGGACGUGCGCGCUGAAAGUACAAGUACCUCGCCAAAAGGUGUACCAUCGGGUGUAGAGGGAUGUGAUGGGAAGGAAGUGUGCGCAGCACAGAAGAUCACAAAGCCAAGAGGUAGUAGCGUUAGCAGCAUUAGCAGCGGCGACAGUGUUGUGGAGGAAAUACCUUCCAAGGGGUGGGAUGAGCGAAAUAUGACUUCGGCGGCAGAGCGGUGGGUAGAAGAUUGUCCCCGCAUGACUGCGAUAACUCCAGAAGAAGCCCUUUUCAGCUCACUUCACCGUUCGGGUAACGACAGUGCGAGAAGUGACUUGCGCAACGUACGCUUGGGGGAAGGCCAGAGGCAGGGUUUGGAGGAAAGUUUCCAGCAAGCCCACAACAGAGACGGUCACGUGGCUCUGGGAGACUUUGAUGCACAGGCGGUUGAUAUCAGUCCCCAGGAUCGACAUGCUGCUGCGCCUUUUGUUGCAACAAGUUCGUCGAGUGCAGCGUCUGCUGUCGCCGCGAGAAGGGGAGAGGCGCUAGUGUACCAGUAUCUGCUAAGGCAGAUGCAGCAACAGAUAGCAGAUAAGGUCGUACAGGUGUUGUGGCUGAAUGAGGAGCAAGAAAGCGGACAGAGCUACGACAUACUUAUCAAGGAGUACCCUCCCGUGGGAACCUCUGCUCCCCCCCGUAUGACGUUCGUGGAGGUCAAGAGCAGCACGACAGCAAACAAGUACUACUUUGAGAUAUCACACAGAGAGUGGAACUUGGCUCAGCAGCAUGGAGAUAACUUUCAUAUAUACAGGGUCCUUGAAGCAAACUCCUCACAGCCACAGAUCUUUCGCAUUGUCAAUCCGUACAUGCAGUGGAAGCAUAAGCGCAUCGGCAUGUGCAUAGCGAUUUAA